UCCUUUUUUUGAGGAUAAGUCUGAUUAGAGAAGCACAAAGGGAAUAAGAGAAAUACGAUAAAUUAGGAAAUAUCUGACUCACUGGUCUGAAAAUAAAGAGAUUGAUACAUCAACCGAAUAACCAUUUUUCAUGUCUUUUUUCGUUUGUUAGUGCUUAAUCUCUGUCUAUCUUCCUCCUAUUUCCAUUUGCCGGCAAAUCCAUCUUUUUUGGGAUUCUUAUGCUUUUGGGUAAAUUUCAUACUAUAUAUUUUCAUACUUUUCCAGCUGAAUACAUCUCAUCUCUUUUGAGUUCCUGAGAGCUAACUAGGGUUUUCAACUUUUCUGGAUUUAUUCUUGUUCAAGGAAAAUGGUGAGAGGAAAGGUAGAAAUGAAGAGGAUUCAGAAUGCAACAAGCCGGCAAGUGACUUUCUCUAAACGGCGAAAUGGAGUAAUGAAGAAAGCUUAUGAGCUAUCAGUUCUUUGUGAUGCUGAAAUUGCUGUCAUCAUUUUCUCACAGAAAGGAAGACUUUAUGAGUUCUCAAGCUCCAGCAUGCAAAAGACCAUUGAUAGAUAUCGUGAAUAUGCAAAAGAAACGCUGAUGAACAACAACGCCUUUGAAGUGGAGCAGCGGAUGAAGGAAGAAGCAGCAAACAUGACAAAGAAGAUAGAGAUCCUAGAAAUUUCCAAACGGAAGCUUAUGGGGCAAGGUAUUGGAUCAUGUUCAAUGAAUGAACUUCAAGAGAUCGACAACCAGCUGGAGAGAAGCCUAAAGAACAUCAGGAUGAGAAAGUCUCAAUUAUUCAAGGACGAAAUACAACGGUUAAGAGACAGGGGAAAGCUAUUGCUUGAAGAAAAUGCAAGAUUAUCUGAAAAGUGUGGACUAAGGCCAAGGCAGGCACCAUUAGAACCACAGGCUACCCAAACACGAUCAGCCCAAGCCCAACAGAAAGAAAUGGGAAACUGUAGCCAUGGAAUCCAGAAUUCAGAUGUGGAGACUGAUUUGCUUAUUGGCCUUCCCAACAUUUGUUGGUCGUAGCUUCUGGAAACUAAAAUAUCGAAGUUAUAUUAUUGACCUCUACCAUGUUAGUUAUGUAUACAUACUUGUACUAUUUUUUGUUAGCAUAUAUAAUAAUGGUUAGCUUUGCUCAAAUUCUGUACAAGCAUAAAGGCAUGCAAAUUCAACAAAUAAGGUAUGCGGAUACGAGUGCAAGAUCUCUUUUCUCCUUUUUCCCUUUUCAGCUUCUAGGUAAAUGUAUCUCUGAACAACGGUUGUAAAGAAGCAUAACUUAUGGCAUAAUAAUAUAAUCUCCUCUUUUUCUACAAUA